AGUGUGAGAGACGGAGUGGAGCUGAAGGAUGAGAGGAAACACUGAAGCGCUCCACUGCUGGAGCUGAACAUCUCCGCUAGCUGAGACCGGGGCAGACCGCUCAGGCUGAAUCAUGCACCUCGUCAGCUGUACGACUCACUGGGAGUGGUGUGGAAAUUGUGCAAGAUACGGAUAAGACACGUUUCUUUUCUUUCUUUUUUUUGCCACCAAAUGAUGCGCUGUUGCUGAUAAGUUUUUUCUGGAUUUUUCUGUAUCUCUCUCUCUCUCUCUCUCUCUCUCUCUUUCUCACACACACUCGGGACACACACAUAUAAUGCUCACACUCGGGACACUUGUUUCUGCUAAGUUUGUUAACGUUUUAAAGGACAAUACUGGAAAGCUGGUUGAAAUAGUGUAAGUCGUAGAAGAAAAGGAAGAAAAAAAGUCUUAAAAAUGGGGAACGCGGGGAGUAUGGACCAACACACGGACCCGAGGGGACACAAUAUGCCGUUAAAACUGCCCAUGCCCGAGCCGGGGGAGUUAGAAGAGCGAUUUGCAGUUGUUUUGAAUUCUAUGAAUUUGCCUCCAGACAAAGCUCGGCUACUGCGCCAGUAUGACAACGAGAAGAAGUGGGAGCUCAUCUGUGACCAGGAACGAUUUCAAGUGAAAAACCCUCCUCACACAUAUAUCCAGAAGUUGAAGGGUUAUCUGGACCCAGCAGUCACCAGGAAGAAAUUCCGCCGCAGAGUUCAAGAAUCCACUCAGGUGCUGAGGGAACUAGAAAUUUCAUUAAGGACUAAUCACAUCGGAUGGGUGCGUGAGUUUCUAAACGAGGAGAAUAAGGGCCUGGACGUGUUGGUGGAGUAUCUUUCUUUUGCACAGUAUGCUGUCACGUUUGAUGGUGACAGUUUUGAGAAUGGCACAGACUAUGCUAUGGACAAGUCAAGAUCUUGGAGUCGCUCAAUCGAAGAUCUGCAUGGAGGGAGCAGCCUGUCUUCUCCAAUUCCAGGAAGCAUCAGCAGAACUGGAAGACACUCUACAUUACGAUGUAAUACGUUGCCCAGCAGACGAACGUUGAAGAAUUCGAGACUGCUGUGUAAGAAAGAUGACGUUCACGUCUGCAUUAUGUGCCUUCGAGCGAUCAUGAACUAUCAGUAUGGCUUCAACAUGGUUAUGUCCCACCCUCAUGCUGUGAAUGAAAUUGCACUAAGUCUGAACAACAAGAAUCCCAGGACAAAAGCGCUAGUACUGGAACUGCUGGCUGCUGUAUGUCUAGUCAGAGGGGGGCAUGAGAUUAUUCUUGCUGCUUUUGAUCAUUUUAAAGAGGUUUGUUCAGAAAAUCAGCGCUUUGAGAAGCUGAUGGAGCACUUCAAGAAUGAGGACAAUAACAUUGACUUCAUGGUGGCGUGUAUGCAGUUCAUAAACAUUGUGGUCCACUCAGUAGAAGAUAUGAAUUUCAGAGUGCACCUACAGUAUGACUUCACUAAACUGUGUUUGGAUGAGUACCUGGAUAAACUGAAGCACACAGAGAGCGAUAAAUUGCAGGUUCAAAUCCAGGCCUACCUGGAUAAUGUGUUUGAUGUGGGAGCUCUGUUGGAGGAUGCGGAGACAAAGAAUGCAGCACUGGAGCGAGUUGAAGAGUUGGAGGAGAGUAUCUCGCAUAUGACAGAGAAGUUACAGGACACAGAAAAUGAAGCCAUGGCAAAGAUUGUAGAACUGGAGAAGCAGCUAAUGCAUAAGAACAAGGAACUGGGCUCUAUACUGGAAGUCUACAAGGAUGCCAACUCACAGGUACACACACUGAGGAGGAUGGUGAAGGAGAAGGAUGAGGCCAUUCAGAGGCAGUGCAAUCUGGAAAAGAAGAUUCAUGAAUUGGAAAAGCAAGGAACCAUCAAGAUCCAGAAGAAAGGAGAUGGGGAUAUUGCCAUCUUGGCCUCUGCUCCACCCACUAACGGCCUGCUGGCAGGCAUUGAGGGUGUGAUGGGGGUACCCGGGGGUACCAUGCUGGGUCCUGUGGGACCGAGUAACGGUCUAGAUCUGGGAAUGUCCAUGCCACCACCUCCCCCUCCUCCCCCACCUAUGCCUGCAUCACUACAAAACGGUCCAUCGGCUGCCCAUGACCCACCCCCUCCUCCUCCUCCUCCACCACCACCUCCUCCUCUUCCGGGCUCUAUGAGCGCUGUGGAGGCUAUGAUUCCACCUCCACCACCGAUGGCACCACCUCUACCAGGCUGUGGGUCGCCCACGGUAAUCUUUAAUUCUGGUCUUGCAGCUGUGAAGAUUAAGAAGCCAAUUAAAACGAAAUUCAGACUGCCAGUGUUUAACUGGGUGGCAUUGAAACCCAACCAAAUCAAUGGCACCGUCUUCAAUGAGAUUGAUGAUGAGAGAAUACUGGAGGAUCUGAAUGUAGAUGAGUUUGAGGAGAUCUUCAAGACAAGAGCUCAAGGGCCUGCAAUUGAUGUCACUUCUAACAAGCAGAAGACCAUUCAGAAGGUCCCUAACAAAGUUUCACUGCUUGAUUCUAACAGAGCCAAAAAUCUGGCCAUCACACUCCGAAAAGUGGGCAAGAUGCCGGAGGAAAUCUGCAAAUCAAUUCAGAUGUUUGACCUGCGGAUGUUGCCGGUGGACUUUGUGGAGUGCCUGCUGCGUUUUAUCCCGACAGAGGCCGAGGUUAAAAUGUUCCGGCAGUACGAGAAAGAGAGAAAACCACUGGAAAACCUUACAGAUGAGGACCGAUUCAUGAUGCAGUUCAGCAAAAUCGAGCGCCUCAUGCAGAAGAUGACUAUUAUGGCAUUUGUGGGGAACUUUAAUGAAAGUGUGCAGAUGCUUACGCCACAAAUGCAUGCCAUUAUCGCAGCCUCUGUGUCCAUCAAGUCUUCACAGAAACUUAAGAAAAUUCUAGAGAUUAUAUUAGCUCUUGGAAACUACAUGAACAGCAGUAAAAGAGGGGCAGUGUAUGGUUUCAAACUUCAAAGUUUAGACUUGUUAAUAGAUACCAAAUCAACAGACAGGAAGGUAACACUGUUGCAUUACAUUGCAAAUGUAGUGAGGGAGAAAUACCAGCAGGUGGCACUCUUCUAUAACGAGAUCCAUUAUGUGGAAAAAGCAGCAGCAGUAUCUUUAGAGAAUGUGCUGAUGGAUGUGAAGGAGCUUCAGAGAGGAAUGGAUCUAACUAGGAGAGAGUACAGCAUGCAUGGCCACAACACGCUUCUCAAAGACUUCAUACAUCUUAAUGAAAACAAGCUGAAGAAAUUACAGGAUGAUGCCAAGAUUGCACAGGAUGCUUUUGAUGAGGUAGUAAAGUUUUUUGGGGAGAGUUCCAAAACCAUGCCUCCAUCAGUGUUCUUCCCUGUGUUUGUGCGCUUUGUGAAAGCAUACAGGCAAGCGGAGGAGGAAAAUGAGCAGAGGAAAAGGCAGGAGCAGAUGUUGAUGGAAAAGCUGCUGGAGCAGGAGGCCAUGGAGCAGGAAGAUCAGAAGUCUCCCUCUCAUAAGAAUAAACGUCAGCAGCAGGAGCUGAUAGCUGAGUUGAGGAAGAAGCAAGUGAAGGACAGUCGGCAUGUUUACGAGGGAAAGGACGGGACCAUUGAGGAUAUUAUCACUGUGCUGAAGACCGUCCCGUUUACGGCGCGCACGGCCAAACGGGGUUCACGCUUCUUCAAUGAGGAACUCCAUUGUUAAAGUUUACACUCUCUCUCUCUCUUAAAGAUCUAAGAAACCAGCCUUACAGGCGCGCUGAUGCGGUGAGGAGGAGUGUCCGGAGACGUUUUGAUGAUCAGAGCUUACGGCCAAUCAACAACUCAGAGCUGGUGAUGUAACGAAGGCAAAGCGGAUGCGAUUGGUUGAGGUGGGAGCGAAUGAGAGGGUUUUUUUUUCCCAGCCUCUCUGUGUGACAAGGACUGAUGAAGGAUUGAAAGGAAUGGAGACGUUCAUAUUAAAGGCCAAAAGCUGAAGCUACUUUUUGACCAAGUGCCUGAAUUUAACAUGCGUGCGAUGUUGUAUUUUUGUUUACUUUUAUUAUGUAUCAUAUAUUUUUUAUUAAGCAAUAGGACCAUUUGCUCAUUUACCACCUUGUAAAACUGGAUAUAAACAUAGAAAUACACUAGUAUGAAUAUCCCUGAUGAACUCAUACAUUCCACUGGUAAUUAGCACAUCGCUUUUACUGCACAAUGUUGUCCAAAAACACGUUUUUGUCCUAUGUUUGGACAAGGGCUGGGUGUGUCCCUAAAGAUUACAGGCAUGUUGAGCUUAUAGCAAAUCAAAAAGAAAUGGAAAGUCUAUGUAGCAUUUUUGAAUGUGGGCAUGGCAGGUUUUAUAAAAACCGAUCUUAGUUUAAAAAAAGAAAAAUGCUAGAGGGUUUAUGGAGAAGUAUUAAUGGAAACGGUGAAAGGUUGUGUAAAGUAGAUGGUUCCAGUUUAAUGUGAAAUGUAUAUAACGUAAACAUCAGUGUUAGCAGAUCAAAAUCCACUCGGCUCAGAAUUACAGCUCAGAAAUACCUUUUCAUGCCCUGCAAUUGAUGGACUCUGAGCAAUAUGACAGUAAAGCGAGUAAUACAGCUGUGCCGAGAGCCACACAUCUGUUCCUGAGCAGCUCACCUUCAGUAGGAAGAUACAAAAGCUGUAGCAGAUCAACUGGAUCCAAUAUUUACACCUGUUUAUUUCAAUUACUGUACAAGCCAAAGAAGAAGAAAAAAAAAGAACAGCACACGAGCACCUGCUUCGACUUUAGUGAACAUUCUUUAAAAAGUGCUGAUAAAUAAUGCAGAGGCGCUCAUGCCAUGUCUCCACUUACACAUUUCAACUCGAUUAUUCAACCACUUAAGCCGGUGUUUCUCCAGGUGGCUUUAUGCAAACCACUUCUUUUUUCAGCUUCUAACUCUGUGAGAAAAAUAAGAACAGAAAUGCUUUUUAAUUGUAAAGAUAUUUUGCUACAAAAGGUUGCAUUUAAAAAAAAAACAAAAAAAAAAAACACCAUAACCUUCAUUAGCAUGAGGUUAAUCUUGUACAUAUUGAUUUUAUCCUGUUACUCCAUUUGAAUGUUAUUUUAACUUAUAGUUUUUUUUUGUAUAUUUAAUUAAACAAAAACAUGACUUUGUUGUGUCUUUAAGUGCGUAGCAGAGGCUUCAAUUUUACACGUGCCAGGCAGUAUUAAAGCAUAAAAUAAUCUGUAUAACACCAGUAAUACUGAUCUCUCUCUCUCUCUCUCUCUCUCUCACUCACUCACUCUCUCUCUCUCUCUCUCACACACACUCUCUCUCUCUCUCUUUCUCUCUCUCUCUCACUCUGCUGCCGUCUCAUGACAUUACUACAUACCAUUCCUUCUGUAAAACUGGAUUAAACUGGCAUCUCUUCUUGUCCUUUAAUCAGAGCGUUGUAUCGUUAUAGCGCAGUUUGAUUUUAAUAACACAAUGUUUGGGAGACGAAGUUUUUCAAUGUCAAUGAUUGAAUAAACUAUUUCCAAAACUAUAA